AUGUCAGGUACAGCUCAAACCAACAUUACUUCUUCUUCUCGUGUGGCGUUUCGGGAGCGAGUGAUGAUGGGCACUGUGACCUCUGUGCCCUGCUGCAUCUUCCUCUUCAUUAAUGUCACCAUGUUGUUCACCCUGAGGAGCAAAGCAGUGUUUUGUGAGUCCUCUCGUUACAUCCUCCUGUUCAACCUCCUGCUGGCCGACACCAUACAGAUGACACUGGGCCAGUUAAUGUACAUUUUGUCUGUCUGUAACGAACGGCUGACGUAUCCUGUGUGUGGUCUUCUGGUCAUGCUCACUAUUUUCACAAAUGAAGUCUCCCCUCUCACUCUGGUGGUGAUGUCUCUGGAGAGAUAUGUAGCUGUGUGCCACCCGAUGCGACACACCUCCAUCGUCACCUCCACAAACACAGCACUGGCCAUCAUGGUGGUUUGGGCCAUUAGUUCACUGAACAUUCUCGUCCACAUUGUGUUGCUGUUAGAUUUCCCGUUUGAAGACCUGGACACUCUGGUAAUGAAAGACUUUUGUGGAGUCCUUGUCAUGUUUCUUGGGUCGAUGUCUGAAGAUUAUGACAGAGCUUUCGUUUCUUUUGUGUUUGUAUCAGCGGCUGCAGUGAUCACGUCCACCUACAUCGGUGUGAUGGUGGCAGCCAGGUCAGCGUCUGCAGACAAAGCUUCAGCUCGUAAAGCUCGUAACACGCUGCUGCUGCAUCUGGCGCAGCUGGGCCUCAGCCUCUUAUCAACUAUACACAACUCUGUCGUUGGAUCCAUUGCAAGGGUUGUGACAAGGCCAGUACUUAUAAUCAUCCUGAAUACUUUAUACGUGCUCGUCAUCAUGCUCCCCAGAUGUCUGAGUUCUCUCAUCUAUGGGCUCAGAGAUAAGACCAUCAGACCUGUGCUCUUCUACCAUCUGUGCUGUGGACUGAAACUCAAACCUCGGGUCUCACCCUGA